AUGAGUCAGCAUCCCAACGCGUACACGCUGGAUCGAUUACACGAUCUCAACGACUAUGUUCAACUUGUACAAAUUUUGAGGAAUCGUCUUGAUGAUAGCCAAGUUGAUAUCAGCUUCGAAGUAUUGUAUCAGCUUAUCGAUCGCUUGGUCGUACGUGAUACAAGGCAUGCAAGCGACAACGUCUUGCGUGGGCUCCUUGAUAUCGCCAAUGAAUCGAUUAUCAGGCCAAAUCAAGAUGUAAUGACGAGUCUUUCAGCAUUACCAGCCACGUACAACAACACACCCUUUCCUCAGAAUACCACAGUUUACUAUGUACGAUCAUUACCUUUGACAAUUGAGCAGCUACACCAGAUUAUGGAGCGUUAUCAUCAUCAUUAUGCAGACAACUUGUUUUAUGAAUCUAUGCAUGCAUUUAUCCAAGCACACGUCGACCAGCCUGGUACUCAAGUGUGGAUUCGAUAUGUUGGAGCAACAUCGAAUACGACACCAGCAACACGGCUACAGGACGACUUGGAUGCUGCACGUGUCGUGGGUCGGCGACGCUUUAACAACUUUUAUCGUACCAUGACCGAUAUGGAUAUUCAUUCUCAAUUUCAAGUUCAUGAGAUUUUCCCAUUACGAGUUCAAGGUCUAUUUGGCCAACGAGGCCCCAAUCAAGAGGUGUUGGACGCCACCGAGCGAUUCUUGAUACAUCUGCUUGACCGCAAUUUCUUACUCAACAGCCAACCUGGUGGCUAUUUCAUAUCAUAUCAACCGUUGGCUCAGGAUCAACAAUUCAUCCAUACAAUCAAUGCUGCUUAUGCCUAUGAUCAUUGUACUGUUCUGCGUCAAGUGCAGGUGGCGCGUCGGGAAUUCAAUCAAGAUGUUGUAGCCGCUUUCGAUCAGUAUACAGCACAACUUACACAGCAUGACGAAGCUCUUGCAAAUUCCAUAACGCAACAAUAUCUGCAAUCAGUGUAUCAACAAUUCACGCCACAUGCAGCGCAGCAAUUCCAACACAAUAAUAGCGGCAUUAUUUUUACCCCGUUGGUCCUCUUGGGUAAAGACGUGUCCAUACACAACUUUUCGAAUGCAACAAGCUUCUACAAUAGCAGAUCAGGCACUGUGACCCGAGACUUUAUUGAUUCCAUUCUAUCCACUAUGUCCCAUGGAGAGGAAGUUGAAGGUGGUGAUGAAGAGAGGGAACUGUUGCUGCCUGCAAUGAUCGAUCUCUGGCCUAUACCACGGCACCGUUUUUUAUGGGAGUUGCACAUCAACCAUGCAGCAACAUUGCUUGAUAUUUUGAGACCACUUGUCUUAGUCUCGUUCAGUUACGAAGUAGCAAGGGUUGCUCGCUCGAAUUUUCAUGGAAGGCAUUCUUUGUCGAGGGAAGGGUACAGACAGCUGGCAGGGGAAGCACGCGUAUGCAACUAUGACACGAGUUUCAACUACGACACCGAACCUGAGGAUGUUGAGCCUGCACAACAUUGGUGCGUUGUUGUCUACCAUAAUGAUCCAGGGAACGCAAACUAUGGCAGCGUUAAUCCAAUAAUCACAAGAUUCAUGCAUUUAUGCUGGGUGCGAACCAUCAUCUUGCUCAACACAUGCCUUGAUUUCUUGCAACACCCAAACCUUGUUACUGCUGCACCGGGAAGCCGUACGUUUUCAGAACAAGUGCUUGCCGCAUCUGCUAGUAGGGAGCCCGAUCAACUGUCAACGUCAUUACAAGAAGCACGUGAUGCCUUGAAUGAGUACCGAGCUAAUGACGCUCGAGAUAAACAUAUGACAUUUGCUAUACGUAAUGAAGGUGUGCUCGAUGCCCGAAACCAUGAGAUGGUGGCUGCUGUGAGUACAGCAACGUUGCGUCGACGAAUCGAUAUGUGGGGUAUAUCUGCUCCUGCUGGCAGCGAUGAGAGAGUUCAGCAAUACGUCUCGAUCAUUCGACAUGAUUACCCGGACUUGUAUUCCAGCCCAUCUUUUACACACAAUCGAGCUGCAUUCCGUAAUUGGUUUAUCUACGUCAUGAACGACAAUAUCAAUAUAUUACAAUCCUUUUUGAGACAUGUCCAGGAAGAAACGACCCCCACUUCCGAAGGCCUACCGCCUGGAUUAGUACGGUACCUGUUGCAAGUCUGUCAACGUCCUCCCGAAUGGCCACUGGGUGAUGAUACGUGGAUAAAUGUGAAAGAGCUGAGAGAUAUCGCCAUGGAAGGGGCACGACAAAGAUUUGUUGAUAGAAAUGGAGCACCGAUGGGUAGAGCUCAAGAUCCACAAGUAUCCAGACAAUUGCGCAACCAGUAUCUUGAAUCCAUAGGGAAUGUUCCAUACCAUCGAUUUAAUAUGUGCGAACUCCAUGUUGGAAGCAGAAAAGCAAGGUUCCGUGUAGUGGUGGAUGGUGAACAAAGGCAUGAAACAAAUGGUCUGUAUGUUGGCCAAGCAAUUCAAGCAUGUGGACCGACAGUUUACAUUGACUUUGAUCCCCAAGUCACGCGCCAUGGAUUGGUGUUUAAGAAUGAAGCUGGACAACUGCUACCUUCUGCUCGCAAUCCCACAAUCAUCUAUGAUUAUACCCUUGUACAACAUGCCAAAAACUCUUAUUUCCGUGUAUUCGUUGAUACUUUGGGUGAUCAUAACAUUCAGCCUCGUCAACAAGUAAUGGAAGAAGCGGGAAUCGAUGAGCCAUUUUCUUUGAAACGAAUAUUGAGACCGUACUGGAUGCUUGUAUGUCGUGAUGAUGUUCAUGAUGUUUAUCUACGUGCUGAAGAUGUUCCGGGUGACGAACAAGAUCAACCAAACUUUACAACUGAGAUCACGGAUUAUAUCAAUGAACAUGGGCGAGGGAUUGAUCGUUUGGUGUGGAUGAAUUAUAUCGAAGACACAAGACGUGGGAUGGUCACCAUCAGUUGUGCAUGGAAAGAUCUGCUGAAACAUUACAAUUUGGCACUUGAAGACAUAAGCAUGAUCAGAGGUAUUAAGAGGUGGAGAAUACCUGCAUAUCCUGGCGAAGAUGCAAUGAGAGAUAUAGCUGUUAGAGGAUCAACAGGCCAAGUAAGGACAAGAGCGAGAAGUCGCAGUGCUCAACGUUACACUCGCCCACUUGGAUAUAGAGCUCGAGGAAGCCGGAGCACCACACCAGGUCCUCAAUGA